CCAGUUCUGCUCGCGUCACCCGCCGGAAGGUUAACUGCCGAGGGGUCUUAGUGAGGACUGAAGGGGACUUCGCCGUGAUCAUCACCCGUGUCAUCUGCGGAAGGGACGCCAAAGCCACCUGCCACCCAUCGCGACAAUAAACUCGUCAAGAGAGGCCGAAGUUUGUAAACAAGUUAUUAUCAAGAGCCUUUCACUCUCGCUCUCUCUCUCCAGCGGCCGCAAGAGAGACGCCCGUUCGUGCUCCGCCAGGCGCUUCUUGGCCGCAUAAACAUACCCGCCACCCACGCCCGGAGGAGGUGACGGAGCCACUGCUUUUCCUCCGCGUCUCAGUCUCGCCAGGGCUUGUCUGAAGCCUGAGCUCUUGUCACAGGCUAGCUCAUUCACACGCGCCCACACGCACGCCCAGACGCCGCCCACGGAGAGACCUAGGACGCCCAUCUUGGACGCCCCCCCUUUUUAAUAAAUAAGGUGCUUCCUCCUUCCACCAAAAUGGAAACGGCUAAGCAAAACAGAUCGGACACCAUCCCUGUCUUCUUCCCCUCCAUCGCCCCUCACCUUCGCGAGUCCGCCGUCCUCAAGAUGCUGCACGAAGAAGAACCCACAGGUAAAGUGCGCGGCUCACAGUGGCCUCCCGCAGACACCAACAUCGGCCACAAACCGUCCAGCUUCUUCACCAAAGUGUCGCGGGGUCAAGGAGGACGCCCCGUGGAGUGGCCGCCCCGCCCAUCCCAAGAGGAGAAUAAACAGGUAUCUUCUAACGACGCUCCUGCUCCUCCAGUGCCGCCUAGACCAGCUAACUAUCCGCAGGCCAGCAUGGAUCAAUCACAGCAACAGCAGAUGGUGUCUCAGCAGCAGCAAGUGCAGCAGCAGCAGCAGCAUCGUCAGCAGAACGAAAAUGCCCCGAACAUGACAACGACCUAUCCCUCCGGCUUCAAGCUGAGGGAACGAGCGCCCGUCGAACAAGCUCCUGCCAGGGUUGUGACGUCACAGCCAGCGUUCAAGAUGACGCAGCCAAUCAGGAAGCCUGGGGACAGCAAGUGGCCUCCUAAGGGAAACAUGGAACCCACACAGCAAGAGGUCCGUGAGUUCAUCAAACCCAGGAAGUCAAACAAGGAUUACUCCGAAUUCUUUGCCCAGAACGCGCUGCCCCACAAUUACGCAGCCUACCGCCCCCCGCCAGGCACCCAGCACCACGGCGGGCUCGAGGAAGGCGUGAGCAACAUGUAGAGGAUGAACCCUGCCCUUUACGCGCCACCGAGGGCACAUGUUAGCACAUUUAAACAUGUCCGUGUCGACUGGCUAAGAUGUAUGAUAAAACAAAUUGACAAGUAUGUAAGGGAUUGCUGUAUGCCUAGGAUUCGUGUUCAUUAAAAACAAAUAGACAGUCAACAAUCACCUAAUUAUACCACCUAGG